UCGCCUGCGUCGGGAGCUCCCUGGUCCCGGCCGGACUCGGCCGCCACUUCCGGCCGCUCACCUGGGACGCGCUCACCUGGGCGCGCUCACCUGGCCCUGGGCGCCAGGAUGAAGGACCGGCUGGAGCAGCUGAAGGCGAAGCAGUUGACGCAGGACAGCGACGCCGACGAGGUGGAGAUCGCCAUCGACAACACGGCCUUCCUGGACGAGUUCUUCUCCGAGAUCGAGGAAACCCGGCUGAACAUUGACAAGAUCUCCGAGCACGUGGAGGGGGCUAAAAAGCUCUAUAGCAUCAUUCUGUCUGCGCCCAUUCCGGAGCCCAAGACCAAGGAUGACCUAGAGCAGCUCACGGCUGAGAUCAAGAAAAGGGCCAACAACGUCCGGAACAAGCUGAAGAGCAUGGAGAGGAACAUCGAGGACUAUGAGGUCGGGUCGUCCGCGGACCUUCGCAUCAGGAAGUCCCAGCACUCCGUCCUCUCGCGCAAGUUUGUGGAGGUGAUGACCCGCUACAACGAGGCGCAGGUGGACUUCCGGGAGCGCAGCAAGGGCCGCAUCCAGAGGCAGCUGGAAAUCACUGGCAAGAAAACGACAGAUGAGGAACUGGAGGAGAUGCUGGAGAGUGGGAACCCCACCAUUUUCACUUCUGGGAUCAUCGACUCUCAGAUUUCCAGGCAAGCCCUGAGUGAGAUCGAGGGCCGGCACAAGGACAUCGUGCAGCUGGAGAGCAGCAUCAAGGAGCUGCACGACAUGUUCAUGGACAUCGCCAUGCUGGUGGAGAGCCAGGGGGAGAUGUUAGACAACAUAGAGUUGAACGUCAUGCACACGGUGGACCACGUGGAGAAGGCGCGGGAUGAGACCAAGAAAGCCGUGAAGUACCAGGGCCAGGCCCGGAAGAAAUUGAUAAUCAUCCUUGUGAUAGUAGCUGUGUUGUUGGGCAUUUUGGCCUUGGCUAUUGGUCUUUCCGUUGGGCGGUAAUGAGGGUGGCCUGAGAGCGGAGGCACUGAAGUUUAGUUCUGAUCUUUCCUUGCCGCCUUCUCGGCUUGUGGGUCAUCUUAGUUUUGUUUCACACCCGUGUCCGGCGCUGACCCGCUUCUCCUUCCCCUGCCUCGUAGAACCUGACUCCUCUCCAGCCUGGUGUGGCCUCCCUUGUCUUCAUGUGGAAACGGAACCCCCCCUGCACAGGGGGACCCACACCGGCUUCAUUGUCACCACCCUCGGACCUACCCCGCACCCAGUCUAGCCCUGGAGGAACCUGGCGAGCCGGAUGCAGCCCCUCCCGCGGCCCCCAGGGUCCGUGCACCUGUAGAGCCCGGGGAGGCGCCCCGGUGCUUUUCUACCUCAUGGAGCCUUCCCCCGGAAACUGCAGUGUUUCGGGACUGUCUUUCACACAGCAGGGGCCACCCAAGGCCGGCAGCCCAGCGUCCCCCGUGCAGCCUGUCCUGGCAUGCCCCGGGCUGGUGGGGGGUGUCCCGUCCUGGGGAGUGACUCAAGCAAAUCCAGCCUUAAGUGACGUCUGCCCGUGACCGGGCCCGGUCUGUGUUGUGUUCUCUCAUGCUCGCUCAGGCAGGGGCUCCAGGACGAUGCGGUCGCUCGGGGUCAGAGUUGAGGGGCUGGUCUGUUUCCAUGUGUUUCUAGGACACUGGCUGUCCACUGUCAGUGAUGCUUCCUGAACUCCGGCAUUUAACUGGACCGGGGACGAGGCGUUAAGUCUCAGGUUCUGGGAACGUCAGGCUGGGCCAGUGUCCACUCACCUAUGUCACGUAUGCCCCGCGCAUUUCUGUAUCGUGUGUUUGAGAUGUGUGUAUGUGGAGGCACGUGUCUCUCAGGAAGUGGGGACCAAGCGCAGGCUCUUAUAAGCUCAGCGCGCUCACAUGAAGGACCCUUGAACUAGGCUACGAGUUCAGUUAGAGACAUUUGAAUCUGUGGAGAAAAGUGUCUUCCCACUUCCUUGAGAACAUGCCGGCUUCUAGAUGAGUGCUGGAGAAUCGGGUCGCCAGGGUGAGGACCCAGGUGGUGCUGCUGAAGCAGAAGCUUAGUCGACAGACAUUGCCUUGCCACCUCCCCCCUCCUGCUGCAAGGCGCGGCUUGUCCAGAGAUCACCCCACUGACUGAGCAUCCCUCACGAGCUCCUGGGGGGGUGGGGCUGUCCCAGGGCGAAGCUCACUGGGACCUCCAGGAACAGCCCUGUAGUGCUUCCUGCUUCCGGGCGAAUAAGCCUGAUGGUUCUUUAUCUGACGGGGCUUGUCCUGGAGGAAGCAACAGCUGGGGAAGUCUCAAACGUAGUGACCGCUGACCCAGGGUGACCCUCUUCGCUUCCCUGGGAGUCUCUGCGAGUCUCCCUGGUUGCUGCUGCAGCUUGCACUUGCAUGCUUUCUAGGGCAGGCGAGCACCCUCCUGCAGCACUGCUUCUGGCUUCCAGCAGAGGCUCUUGCUCCCGCCCCUCCUGCCCGCCAAGGCUGACGGAGCCCUGGUGCUCUCUGCGGCUGUGAUGUCGGCAGCGGCUGGCUCGCAGUGAGGGCUGGCAAGCUGCAACUGAGGCUGCCGCUCUCCUGGGCUGAGGCCUGGGGCUUAGGACUCAGUGAAGGCGUUUUUGUUGUUUGUAUUUUUUAAUGUAAACUUGAUUAUUUUAUUGCUAAUUUAACAAUAAAUGACUUUGUAUUGAUUGUGGAACAGGGCUGCCUUUGUUUCCUCGCCCACACUCCGUGAUGGGACGCCACCACACAGCGGUUUGGGCUCAGGGCUGGAUUCUGUUCAGCCUGUGCUGCACAGGUGGGCUGAGUUUGGGCUUUUGAAAACCAGUUCAGUGCAGAGCAGCAGUGUGACUGCAUCUGGGCUCUGGAUUUGGAUGCUGCUGCGGAAGAAUUUGCUUCGCUCGUCAAGUGUCUGGGUCUGAGGGAUGUGGCGUCAGGACGUGUGUCCCCAGGAUGAUUGUUGAUCUGAUUUCGCAUCUCUGAGCUGUAAAGCCAGAUCCAUCUCCCUCCUUCUCCACAUCCUCUCCCACACCCACGCCUCCCACUCCCUUUGCACGGUGACAGUGUUCUCAUGCGUUUUUUCUCUCCUCGUCUGGAUGAGCAGAAGAAGAUCAUGAUCAUGAUCUGCUGUGUCGUCCUUGCCAUCAUCUUGGCUUCCACGAUCGGGGGCAUCUUUGCCUGAAAAAAGGUGAGCUGUCUCCGGGGUGGGAUGGAACCGUCUUGGUGCUGGGACGGGCUGGAGCCACGAAGAUGUUUCAGAGAGACGACUGGGCGAGGGGAGUCGGUAGCAGCAGGCAGAUGGGGCCAGGGUGGCGGUCUGUCCCGAAAGCUGGUAGAACGCAGAGUACGAAAUUCCCUCCGGCAGAACUAGACCUCAGCACAGGGCCUGGCCAGUCAGUUCUUGUGUUAGCAGCAGUCAGAACUGUGCAGAGGUAAACCUGAAGUGAAUGGACCGCCUUCCGUCCGGGUCAGGGCCUGCUAGCACAGCCCUGCGAGCCGCCCCUUAGCCCUGCGGGAGACUUGCUGACCCUGGC